AUGGCGCUCUGGGGUCUUAUGCUGGGAAUCCUGCUGGUGGCCACUGUGGGGUAUCUGUGUCUGCUGGGGCUGUUCCGGCAGCGCAGACCCCAGGAACCCCCUCUGGACAAGGGCUCUGUGCCCUGGCUGGGCCAUGCCAUAGCUUUCCGGAAGAACACGUUUGAAUUCCUGAAGCAGAUGCGGACCAAGCACGGGGACGUGUUCACGGUGCAGCUAGGCGGCCAGUACUUCACCUUUGUCAUGGACCCCCUGUCCUUUGGCCCCAUCCUCAAGGAUGCCCAGAGAAAACUAGACUUUACGAAGUAUGCGGAAAAACUAGUGCUAAAGGUAUUUGGAUACGACACGGUGCCGGGAGACCACCGGAUGAUACACUCAGCCAGCACCAAGUACCUCAUGGGAGACGGCUUGGAGGAUCUCAAUGAAACCAUGCUGGACAGCUUGUCCUUAGUCAUACUGGGGCCUAUGAGCCAGAGUCCAGAUGCCAGUUGCUGGCAUGAGGAUGGUCUCUUCCACUUCUGCUACAACGCCUUGUUCAAGGCCGGCUACCUGAGCUUGUUUGGCCACACAAAGAAUAAGGAGCAGGACUUGCUACAGGCGGAGGAGGUAUUUGCAGAGUUUCUCAAGUUUGACCGUCUGUUUCCCAGGUUUGUUUACUCUUUGCUGGGCCCCUGUGAGUGGCUAGAAGUGGGCCGGCUCCAGCGUCUCUUUCACAAGACGCUCUCUGCACAACACAACUUGGAGAAGGAUGGCGUAAGCAACUGGAUAGCCUACAUGCUUCAGUUUCUGGGGGAGCACGGAGUAGCCCCAGCCAUGCAGGACAAGUUCAACUUCAUGAUGCUCUGGGUCUCUCAGGGAAACACGGGGCCUACCGCUUUCUGGGCCCUCUUGUUCCUCCUGAAGCAUCCAGAAGCCAUGCGGGCUUUAAGAGAGGAGGCUGCACGGGUCCUGGGAGAGGCCAGGCUGGAUGCCGGGCGGUCCUUCAACUUCAAAGUCAGUGCGCUGCACCACAGCCCAGUGCUGGACAGCGUGAUGGAGGAGACACUGAGGCUGCAGGCUGCGCCCACCCUCCUCAGGGCCGUGAAUGGUGACCAUAUCCUGAAGAUGGCCAGUGGGGAGAAGUACCAGCUCCGCAAUGGGGACACCGUGGCCCUCUUCCCUUACCUCUCAGUGCACAUGGACCCUGAAAUCCAUCCCGAUCCCACGGCCUUCAAGUACGAUCGCUUCCUCAACCCCAAUGGCAGCCGAAAAGUGAACUUCUACAAGGCAGGCAAAAAGAUCCACCACUACACCAUGCCCUGGGGCUCGGGCAUGUCCAUCUGCCCUGGGAGGUUCUUGGCCCUCAGUGAGAUGAAGCUCUUUGUCCUGCUCAUGAUCACACACUUCGACCUGGAGCUGGUGGACCCUGACACACCUGUGCCACCCGUGGACCCCCAGCGCUGGGGCUUCGGCACCACACAGCCCAGUCACGACGUGCGCUUCCGAUACCGCCUGAGGCCUCCUGAGUAA